AUGUUGAUUACCGCAAAAGCACAAAGAAGCAUAGCUACUACACUAUUGGUUCUAUCGUCAGGUAUUCAUGCGACUGAGCCGACGACACCAGCUACCCAAGCUGAGACGACACUGAGAUCGAAUUAUGGCGGGGCCAUAACUGGCACGAGCCAGUGCGAAGCGCGAACGAUAAACUACAUCACACAUACGUUGCCGCAGUCAUGCCUUACCAGCAGCUGGUCAAGCACAGCAGCUGCGGUAGAGAGCACACCGCCACGGACAGCUACCGAACCGGCGACGAGCGGAGAGAAUAUCACUGCGAUCGUUGCUGAUACAGAAUCGUCCGAGACCUCGACGCCUACAAUAGAAGUUAGCCACAGCUCAGAAUCAGCUGAAGCCGAUUCGACGGCCGAACCAUUCAUGUCUUUCGAAGACUGGAAGGAGAUGAUGUUGCAAAAGACUGGGCAGGACCCUCAAGAUCUCAAGCAGCGAAAGGGCUCGGAAGCGCAGGUCGAGGAACGACAAAGAAUUCAAUCAUAUACUGGAAGCGAUUUGGGGGAUGAGGGCGAGAUUUCUUUAAAUUUUGGUGGAUAUACGGAAAACCCAGAUGCUGAGAAUGGCUCCCACGGUAGCAAGGAACAUACCGACGAGUCGUCUAUCGACGUUGGACAACCCACGCUCCACCGCAACAAAGAUGCGGGCAAAACGUGCAAAGAGAGAUUUUCUUUUGCCUCGUUCGACGCUGGAGCUACGAUUCUCAAAACCAGCUCCGGGGCACAAAAUUCCAAGGCUAUCCUGGUUGAGAACAAAGACACAUAUAUGCUUCUGGAAUGCGCAACGCCGAAUAAAUAUGUCAUUGUCGAACUUACGGAUGAUAUUUGGGUCGACACCAUUGUGCUGGCGAACUUUGAGUUCUUCUCCAGCAUGAUACGCCAUUUCAGGCAAUGA